GACAAGCACAGGCACUUUAAAGCGUUCAUAUCUACAUAAGCAUGAAGCUGUCCAUCCCUUCGCUUUUCCUGGCCUGUGCCGUCUUUACUUUAGGUAAAGGAACUGUCAAUGCUGGCAGCAUGCGUGGUGCAGAAAAGAAAGUGAACGGUGAGAAAUUAAAGAUGCUGAUUGACUGCUUCGCCAGCGGCUACAAGGACCACUUCUGCCGCUUUGACGGGACCAACAACCUCAUUGACAUGGGCGAGAUCCCCCUUUUGGGGCCACAGGACGCGGUUCCCGAAUGUUGGUUCAAUUGCCAGAUGGAGACUUGCAACGCAUGGGAAUUUCCCCACAACGAGGAGCAAGAAAAAUGCGUGGCUGCUCUUUAAGGGCGGAGGCUUCUUUGGCAAACAGCAAAAGGCGCGUGCCGUGGUUCCACUUAUGAGGUUUUUAGAGCGUUAGAGUGAAGUCUUCUUUUAAGGGGAAUGGGUCGCGCUCGAUUGUCUUGGUCCGAGACGAUCUUCCCAAAAAGGAGCAAAUGAAAAAAGGUAUACGCUGACAAAGAUUUCAGCUGGCAAUGCUCGAAAGCAUAUCAAAGAAAGGCAAAACCUAAAGCAUGA